AUGAUCCCCGCCCGCAGCUCACUGCGGCACGGGGACGGUGCAGACUUGAAGAAUGGGCUCAGGAAGACUGCGGUUGGGCUUGACUUGGGGCGGCGGUUGCUCGUGGUCCUCAAGAGCACGUCCAAGCCCUCGGAGAAGGCCCAGGCCAUCCGGGUCGUGGACCAUGGAGAGCAGCAGAAGGAGGCGCUUCGACGACUCUACGAUGCCCAGGUGCUCUUGCAGUCCUACGAGGAUCAGUUGCAUGCCAAAGAUGAGCAGCUCUACAAGAUCCAGGUCUGCGUAAAGAAGGCGAUCCGCGAGUCGAGCGCCGACUACCUGCGGGAGCCGGAGUUGAUCGAGUCCCUGGGUUUCAGCGAGGAGGAGCUCCAUGCCGAGGGCAUCGCCACAGAGCAGAAGCCCACAGGGAAGAUGGCCCGCUUCGAGGCCAUGCUUGACCAAAGCUUCGAGAACCAGAAGUGGGAGGAGAAGCAGGACAGGGAGAGGAGGGCCAAGGACCUACAGGCGAAUGGUAGCAGCCUCCCUGUGCUCGACCCACAAAGUGACAUGCAGUGGUUCAAGGUGCCUUACUGGAUCAAGGCUGAUGAGGAGACCAGGGAAAUGGUCCAGAAGAUCAAGCAGCAUUUCAUGGACGAGAUGAACGCCAAGGGCCACUUCGACCACAACGCAUUUCUUGAACACCUUUGGCAGUGUGGCUUCCAAGUUGCCCAACAUUGGGCGGGAUCGCCGAACGAGGAGUUGGUGAAACAAGUGGAGGCCGCCGAGAAAAAAGCCCGGAGCGUACAGCGUGAAGCGCUGCAGGAAACCUCCAUGCUUCGGCAGCACAUCAAGCGUGUGGAGCGCAAGUACAAGGAACUCCAGAGCAAUGCUGCAAAAAUGCAGAAGGCCAUGUCCACCAUGGCCUCCCAGCUCAAAGAGGCUCGCGACACUGCGGCAAUGUUCGGGGUUGAGCUGCCGUCCUCCCCCAGCGAUACGUCCAACCGCCGGCCGUCUGUUUUGAUGGGCUUUGGGCAGCAAGGAAGGCCGGCACCAGCCGGACACCUGGCGGUGCCGGGAGCGCCGGCCAAAUCCGAGCGGCGGAUGUCGGUGGCCGAUGGGGGGCUCCAAGUCGGCGGGCUGCCAGACGUCCCGGAGCACCAUGGCCAAGGCCCAGGCGUCGUGUCUCCGCUUCAUGCAGACGACACACUCGAGAUUAUGGCGGACCAGAUGCAGCUAGACGAGAUGGACAACGAGAUCUUCGAGCCGUUGAACCAGUUCGACGAUGACCUCAAGGACCUGAUGAUCGAUUGCAUCACGGAGAAGGUCCGGCGGAUCCUCUCCUUGGACCCAUCCAAGUACAAGAACGGUCGGCUGCCCUUCGGCCUGAAGCCUCACAAGGGCCUCGCCUUCGCCGACGACGAGACGGAUCUGGAGGCGGAAUUGGAGCGGAUGCGGGAGCUCUACGAGCGGCUCAAGGAGGAGAACGAGCAGCUGCUGCGCCAACUCGAGGCGGCCCGGGCAGCGGCCGAGCGCUGGAAGCAGAAGUAUUUGGAGCUCCAGAACAAGCCUGCAGAGGUUCAGGAGGAGAAGGUGGUGUUGUCGAGACCGGCAUCCGUGAAGACGACUCCAGAGACACCAAAAGAGAGAGAGCCGACACCGCCUCCAGUAAUCAAGGGGCUCUCCGACGAGGAGGUCAAGAGGUUGCUAGAGGAGCAGGAGAAGGCCUACAAAACCAAGAUUGCUGCGCUGGAGAAGCGGAUCAAGCAGCUGGAAGACGAACUGGCGAAGCUCAAGGCGGAGAAGGACAAAGCGGAAGCGAAAGCCAAAGAAGCAGCCGAGACCGCCCAGAAGGAACGGGAGCGCCGAGAGACGCUGCAGAAAGAGCAGGAGCAGGCGCGGGAGAUGGCGGGAGCAGGCUGUGCACCUAUGAAGCGGCCGGCCGCGCUGGAGCUCUUCCUCGUCGCUGCCGUCUCUUUUGUCGUGUCUGCGCUGUGCGCAGCCGCUACCGACCUCAUCCCGUGGAAGUUGCGGGAGCUGCCGAUGGCCAUGAGGUGGAGGGCUCGUGCCACCGUGGCCUCACUGCACCAGCCGGUGGCCGUGCUCUUCCUGCUGCCACCCAGCGAGGCGUUGGAGAUCUUUCUCUUCACUGGUGGCAACCAGUGGACCAUCAGUGCACCGCGCAACUUGUGGCUCACACUGUUCUACCUCCUGGGAGCCUGGUUCUUCGAGCUCUUGAUUCUGCUGCACCCGAGCACGGGGGCCAUGAAGUCCUAUGGCCGGCGUGGUUGGUCUGUGCAGGCGGCCCAUCAUUUGGGCUUCCCUGCCUUUGCGUUGCACAACAUCAUCAGUGGCUGUGCCGUCCCAGGUACGGCCGUGGCCUGCUACACCGAGCUGACCGUCUUCUUUACUAGCUCCUUCUGGAUCGCCAAAAUGGUCGGUGCUGGCGACAUCGUCCUCGUGCCCAUCAAAGUGGGCAUGGUCAUCUUCACCUUCGUCCUCCGUGGUGGCUGUGUGCUGCUGCUGGAUUUGCGGGCCAUCCUCAACGAUCAGUCAGAGCUGCCUGUGGCCAGCUGGCUGACCCAGUGCCUGGCGCUGGUGGGCAUGAACGUCCUGAAUCUACUCAUCCUCCGCUUGGUCUCUGGUGCGGUGAUGCGCGGAUCCAAGGUGGAUUCGGGCUGGACGUCGGUGAUGGAGCAUGCUCUGAAGCUGGCCAUGCAUCACCUGGGCCCCACGGUGUCUGAGCGGAUCCUGCUCGAGAUGCAGAGCGCACAUGAGGAUUCUUCCCAUCCUUCCAGCUUGGAACGACUUUUCCAGCUGUUUCGGCAGCCGCCCUUCCUGGAGGAGAAGGCAGCUGUGCCUGCGCCUGUCCCCAAUGGCCCUGGCUCUGCGCCGGGAGGAGGUCAUGUCCAGGCCCAGCCAUCCCCGAGCAUCGACAGGGAGAAGCUGCGUGAGAUGAUGAUCAGACUGGCAGCUGAAGCUGCCGGCUUCCCUGUGGAGGCCGAGAAGCCUCUGCUGGAUUCCGGGAUGGACUCCAAGGCCGCAGUGCAGUUCUCCGCGAAGCUCGCGACGGAGCUCCCGGACCUGCGCCUGCCCAGCACGCUCGUCUUCGACUACCCCACGCUCUCAGCUGUGGCAGCUUACGCUGAAGAAGCGCAACGUCCAAGAGAGCGAAAGCACCUUCAGAUCAAGAAGCCUGUGGCGUCGAGCGAUCCUCUUUCCGUCAUUGGUGCGGCAUGUGCCUUUCCAGGCGACGCGUGCAGCCCCGGGAAGUUCGGUGCGCUGUUGGCGUCCGGCACUGACGGCAUUGUCGAGGUGCCCUUCACGCGCUGGGAGCUGUGUGAGUACUACGAUCCCAAUCCUGAUGCGCCGGGAAAGAUGUAUCCGUGCCAUGCUGCCUUCAUCGAGGGUGCCGAAGAUUUUGCUGCAUCCUAUUUCAACAUCUCUGCACCGGAGGCACGGGCCAUGGAUCCGCAGCAGCGCUUGGUGCUGGAGGUGUGCCACGACUCACUCCUGGAAAGCACCUUCUCGCGUGAGGCACUGCUCGGUAGUUCGACUGCUGCCAUUGUUGGCGUGUCCAACAACGACUGGAUUCAAGUCCAGUCCGGCGACAUACGCAAGCUGAACCCUUACACGGCGACUGGCACCUCCGCCUCCGUCGCCGCUGCUCGUGUGGCUUUCUGCCUUGGCCUCAAGGGCCCAGCCUACGUGGUGGACACGGCCUGCUCCUCCGCGCUGGUGGCCGUGGACGCCGCGGCCAUGAACAUCCGGCGAGGACGCUGCAGUGCGGCUGUCAGUGCAGCAGCAAAUGUGAUCGCCAGCCCGGCGACCUUCAUCAGCUUCAGCAAACCUCGGAUGUUGUCACCGCGAGGACGGUCACAUGCAUUUGAUGCCUCUGCUGACGGCUACGGUCGCGGAGAGGGCGCAGGUGCGGUGGCGCUGUGUCCGCUCAAGGCGGACGGCGGCAGCGCUCGUGCAGCUCUACGAGGAACCGCGGUGAACCAGGAUGGCAGAAGCUCGACCAUGACGGCGCCCAACGGGCCCUCGCAGACCAUGGUCGUGGCCACGGCCCUGGCGGAGGCGAUGCUGCAGCACCACCAGGUGCGGCACUUCGAGGCCCAUGGCACGGGAACGCCCUUGGGCGACCCGAUUGAGGUGGGGGCCCUUCAGGCCGGCAGCCUCGAUGAGGGUGCAAGGCAGCAGCCUGUGGGCUUGGCCGCGGUGAAGACCAACGUUGGCCACCUCGAGGGAGCUGCUGCCUCUCCCGGGCUGCUCAAGACCGUGGCCCUCCUGAGCCGUCGCACCGCCGGCGACUUGGUGUCGAGUGCCCGCGCAUUGUCUCUGGUGCACCUGCACGCGCUGAAUCCGCACCUCACCUUGCUGGAGGAUGUGCCGCAGGUCUUCCCCUCAGAGCACUUCCCGCUGCCUGCGCAGAAGCCGAGAACUGGUGGCCUGUCCUCCUUCGGCUUUGGAGGCAUCGAGAGUUCGCCAGAUGCAGGUUGA